GUUCGGUUCUGCUCGGCCCAGGCGUUGCAUGCAUGCUCCUGCAGCCCGGCAAGCUCUCUCUCCAGCAGCAUGCUCUAUUUCCAGAUGGUGAUCAUGGCAGGGACAGUGAUGAUGGCGUACUAUUUCGAAUACACCGACACCUUCACCGUGAACGUGCAGGGGUUCUUCUGCCACGACAGCGCCUACCGCAAGCCCUACCCUGGCCCUGAGGACCACAGCGCUGUGCCCCCCGUGCUCCUCUACUCGCUGGCCGCUGGGGUCCCCGUGUUGGUGAUAAUAGUUGGAGAAACUGCUGUGUUUUGCUUACAACUAGCCACAAGGGAUUUUGAAAACCAGGAAAAAACUAUUAUAACUGGAGACUGCUGCUAUAUAAACCCACUGGUGCGGAGAACUGUACGAUUUCUUGGAAUUUAUGCAUUCGGACUGUUUGCUACAGAUAUCUUUGUAAAUGCUGGACAAGUAGUUACAGGAAAUCUGGCUCCACAUUUCCUUUCCCUGUGUAAACCUAACUAUACAGCCCUUGGAUGUCAGCAAUACACCCAGUUCAUCAGUGGGGAGGAGGCCUGCACAGGCAAUCCUGACCUCAUUAUGAGAGCAAGGAAAACAUUUCCAUCCAAAGAAGCAGCUCUUAGUGUCUAUGCAGCGAUGUAUCUGACAAUGUACAUUACCAACACAAUCAAAGCCAAAGGAACAAGGCUUGCUAAACCUGUGCUGUGUUUGGGCUUAAUGUGUUUGGCCUUUCUUACUGGACUCAACAGAGUAGCAGAAUAUCGAAAUCAUUGGUCAGAUGUGAUAGCAGGCUUUCUUGUUGGAAUAUCUAUAGCAGUUUUUCUGGUUGUGUGUGUGGUAAAUAAUUUCAAGGGAAGACAACCAGAAAAUGAGCAUAUACACACGGAUAAUCUGGCACAGAUGCCAAUGAUCAGCAUUCCUCGAGUAGAAAGUCCUUUGGAAAAGAACCACAUCACGGCCUUUGCAGAGGUCACAUGAUAUUGAAGCAGCUGGAUUUUCACUGCAUUGGACAUCAUCUCUUUUUACCAUCCAUUCAUGAUACCCAAAGUUUGUUUGCUCACAAAAAAUUUAUACAGGUGUCUAAUAAUUUUUAUAAUUUUAAAGAUCAGAGUCAACCUGUCUGUUGCCCCCUCUAGACUGUGAGCUCCUCAAGGGCAGGACUGUGUCUUUCUUCUCUGUAUCCCCAGCACCUACCAUAUAGCCUCAUUCACACGAAGUAGGUGUUCAAUAAAAAGAUGAUGGCUGAAAGAGCAAA